CUUUCAUUAAAAUUUUUAAUAGAAAACAAUCAUGAGUAAAAAGAAAAUAAAAGAAACAAUAAUUUUUGCAAAGCUGCAUCUUGCAUUCGAGUAUAAGGAAAAGAGUGUAUAAGAAUAAACAGUCCGAGAGUAAUCUUAAAAUCUAUAAAUAAAUUUAUGAACGUACAUCUUGAGUGUAGAGCAUACAAGUUGGAUACCUAUUUCAUCGAGUCCAUUUAAAUAGCAUUUAAGUCAUUUUAUAUUUAUUGCUUAUUUUUUUUUUAUUUUUAAAAUCUCGAAGUAGCUGACAAAAAGAAUGGUAAUAACGAUGGAGUCAACUUAUCCCCCGAUAAUACUACUUCAGACGGACGAUACGACGGCAUUCCUUCGAGCUGCACGGUCGGGUAAUUUGGAAAAAGUUGUUGAAUAUUUAGAUUUAAAUCUCGAUAUCAAUACGUCCAACUCAAAUGGGUUGAACGCGCUACAUUUGGCAUCGAAAGAUGGACACGUUGAAAUAGUAACGGAAUUGUUAAAAAGAGGAGCUAAAGUUGAUUCUGCAACUAAAAAAGGAAAUACUGCUUUACAUAUUGCAUCAUUAGCUGGACAAGUUGAAGUUGUAAAUAUUUUAUUGCAAUAUGGGGCAGCAGUAAAUACACAAUCACAAAAUGGAUUUACUCCUCUUUAUAUGGCAGCUCAAGAAAAUCACGAUCAAGUUGUUAAAUUAUUAUUAACGAAUGGUGCAAAUCAAAGCUUAGCAACUGAAGACGGUUUCACACCACUUGCUGUCGCAAUGCAGCAGGGACACGAUAAAGUUGUAAGUGUUUUACUCGAAAACGAUUCGAAAGGUAAAGUUAGAUUACCGGCAUUGCAUAUUGCCGCUAAAAAAGACGAUUGUAAAGCCGCCGAUUUACUUCUUCAGAAUGACCAUAAACCAGAUGUCACAUCUAAAAGUGGUUUUACGCCACUUCACAUCGCAGCUCACUAUGGUAAUGAAGAAAUAGGACGUUUGUUAAUAAAACGUGGUGCUGAUGUCAAUUAUUUAGCCAAACACAAUAUAAGUCCACUUCAUGUAGCAGCCAAAUGGGGAAAAAAUAAUAUGGUUAAAUUAUUGUUAGAAAACUCAGCGAUGAUUGAUGCUAAAACCCGUGAUGGUUUAACGCCACUUCACUGUGCAGCAAGAUCUGGCCACGAAGAAGUUGUGUCAACGCUUCUUGAACAUUCCGCGCCGAUAAGUGCACGUACAAAGAAUGGACUGGCGCCACUUCAUAUGGCAUCCCAAGGUGAUCACGUUGAUGCAGCACGUGUAUUACUUUAUCACCGUGCUCCAGUAGAUGAAGUAACCAUUGACUAUUUGACGUCACUUCAUGUAGCAGCGCACUGUGGCCAUGUACGUGUUGCUAAAUUACUUCUUGAUAAAAAAGCCGAUCCAAAUGCACGUGCGUUAAAUGGCUUCACUCCAUUACACAUUGCAUGCAAAAAAAAUCGUAUCAAGGUUGUGGAACUUUUAUUGAAACACGGCGCGUCUAUUGAAUCUACCACAGAAUCUGGAUUAACACCUUUACAUGUCGCUAGUUUUAUGGGAUGUAUGAACAUAGUUAUAUUUUUACUUCAACACGAAGCUAAUCCUGAUGUACCAACAGUUAGAGGAGAGACACCUUUACAUUUAGCAGCGCGUGCUAAUCAGACGGAUAUCAUAAGAAUUUUAUUACGAAAUGGAGCUAAAGUUGAUGCGCGUGCUAGGGAGGAACAGACACCUCUACAUAUAGCUUCAAGGCUAGGCAAUGUUGACAUUGUCAUGUUACUCCUUCAACACGGUGCAUCGGUCGAUACAACGACAAAAGACAUGUACACUGCACUUCAUAUCGCGGCUAAGGAAGGUCAAGAAGAGGUCGCUGGAAUUCUUGUCGAAAAUCAUGCGUCAGUAAAAGCACUGACCAAAAAUGGAUUUACACCAUUACAUAUUGCUGCGAAAUAUGGUAAUGUGAAUGUAGCUAAAAUAUUAUUACAAAAAGACAGUAAACUUGAUUCACAAGGCAAGAAUGAUAUUACACCAUUACACCUCGCUUGUCAUUACGAUCAUUCCAAUGUAGCAAAUAUGAUAUUAGAAAAAGGUGCAUCAGCAAAUUUAGCGUCUCAGAAUGGCCAUACUCCAUUGCAUAUUGCCGCGCGUAAAAAUCAAAUGGAUAUUGCGUCAACAUUACUUGAACAUGGUGCUGAUCCAAAUGCACAAUCUAAGGCUGGAUUUACGCCAUUGCAAUUGAGCGCACAAAAAGGCCAUUAUGAUAUGACUAAUUUAUUAAUUGAACAUGGCGCUGAUCCAAAUCAUAAAUCGAAAAAUGGUCUUACAGCAUUACAUCUUUGUGCUCAAGAAGAUUCUAUUCGCGUAGCAUCUAUUUUAGUUAAAAAUGGUGCUAAUGUUGAAAGCCAAACAGAAUCGGGUUAUCGACCCAUUCAUGUGGCCUCACACUUUGGAAAUUUAUCAAUGAUUAGAUUUUUACUUAAACAUAAUGCACAAAUAGAUGUACGGACAAGUCAUAAUUAUACUCCGUUACAUCAAGCCGCUCAGCAAGGACAUGCACACAUUGUUACUGCACUUUUGGAAGGAAAUGCGUCUCACAAUGCUAAAACAACAGAUGGUUUGACUGCAUUGAAUAUUGCACAAAAGUUGGGAUAUAUUUCAGUAAUGGAAGUAUUGAAAGGAUUGGAUUAUGAUACGCAAACUCCGGACAACAAAACUUGGGAAGAAAAAUACAAAGUUAUUGCACCAGAAAGUUUACAAGAAACUUGUUUUAUGUCUGAUUCUGAUGACGAAGGAGUUUCAGAUGGUUUGACAAACGAACAACCCUACCGAUAUUUGACAGCAGAUAUUAUGAAAAGUUUGCGUGACGAUUCAUUACCUAUUGACGUAACCCGCGACGAUCCGAUUCAUCGUCAAUUGUCUCAUGAAGAAAAACAAGAAUUUACACAAAGCAAUAAUUAUUGUCCUCCGGAAAACUUUGAUUCAACUGACGCAAUUAAUGUCGGAAGACUACACUUUAGAUCAUUUUUGGUAAGUUUUCUGGUUGAUGCACGUGGUGGAACAAUGAAAGGUUGCCGUCACAGCGGAAUAAGAAUAAUUGUACCACCAGGAAGAGCAACAAUGCCGAUCCGAGUUACUUGUAGACUACUGAAACCAACAAAAGUUGCUAAUCCACCAGCAUUAAUGGAAGGUGAAGCUUUGGCGACACGUAUUAUUGAAAUGGGUCCUGUCGGUGCUACAUUUUUAGGACCAGUAUUGAUAGAUGUACCCCAUUUUGCAUCGAUCGAAGGCAAAGACCGAGAAAUAAUAAUAAUGAGAAGUGAAAAUGGGGAAACAUGGAAGGAACAUGAUAAUUCACGUGACAAUGAUGACACAUUAUUAAAUACCGCUCACGAUUCUCAAAUGAGCACAUCACAUUCUGGACGUAUUACCCGAAUAAUAACAACUGAAUUUCCCCAAUACUUUGCUAUCAUAACACGAAUAAAACAAGAAGUACAUGUAAUUGGUGCUGAUGGUGGAAUAUUAAUUUCCAGUGUCGCUAAUCAUGUUCAGGCUGUUUUUCCACCUGGUGCUCUUACGAAAAAAAUAAAAGUUGGAUUACAGGCUCAUGUUAUACCAGCUGAUUUGACAGCGAAAUUACUUGGAAAUUGUGUCGCAGUAUCACCAGUUAUUACUAUAGAACCCAGAAGACGUAAAUUUCAUAAACCGAUAACUCUAACUAUACCAGUGCCUCAAGCCGCUAAUAAAGGAAUGAUUAAUGAUUAUGCGGGUGAAACUCCAACACUGCGUUUACUCUGUAGUAUUGCUGGCGGAACAAGCGAAGCUCAAUGGGAGGACGUAACAGGAUCAACUCCUCUGACAUUUUUAAAUAAUCGUGUGUCUUUUACAACAACAGUUUCGGCAAGAUUUUGGCUUAUGGAUUGUCGUAAUAUCAGUGAAGUUCCUAAAAUGGCCACGGAACUUUAUAAAGAAUCACUUUUUGUACCGUUUAUUACUAACUUUGUUAUUUAUUCAAAACGAUUUGAUGUCGUGGAAGCAACAUUACGUAUUUUAUGUAUGACAGAUGGUAAAGAUGGUUUGCAUACUUUGGAAAAACAAGAAGAAUUUUUGGAAAUUGUCAAAAGUCGUGAUGUUGAAGCAUUGGAUGGUAAAGAUUUGUACUUAGAAUUUAGCGGUAAUCUUGUACCUGUAACAAAAUCCGGCCAACAGCUCAAAUUUACAUUCAAAGCAUUCCGUCAAAAUAGACUGUCAUUUAAUGUUAAAGUUAAGGAUCAACUUUUGGAUCCAGUUGCACGGAUGAUGUUUAUGCGAGAACCCAAAGUUGCAAAAGGUGAACUCGCUCAACAGCCAAUUUGCAUUUUAAAUAUCGUUCUACCUGAACCAACAGUACCAAAGACUCCAUCAAACUCGAAAUUAAAAGAAUUAGAUUACGAUUUCAUUAGUAAAAUGGAUAUUUAUAAAUCAACAUAUAUGAGAGAUUAUGGAGAAAAACGUGAUAUUCCAAAGCCAACGUCACCAAAACAACAAAAAUUAAUUAGCGAUAUUUUAGAUAAAAAACAAACAGAUGCCGAAAUAAAUGAAUCCUUUGCACAAAAAGUGGCUUGUCCUUUAGAAUCCGUAGACGCUAGUUAUCCUAACAAUAUUAAUGAUAAUAAUGUAAGCAAUAAACAAGAUGAAUUAUUAUCUCCAAAUUUAGAAAAACAAACGUACUCGGAGAAACGUAAAUUUUGGGAAGAUAUCACUCGAAAUCGGGAUAGUUAUCAGCGUUCAGAGUCGGAAAUUUCUCGGGCCUCCCAGAUGACGAUCAAUGAAAGCGAUAGUGAUUAUUUACAAAAUCCUAUUUCAGAAGAAGAAAUGGAUCGUAUGCUUGACAAUACAACGAUGCAUUCUGAGACAAUGGAAGAUUUAAAUAUACCAGAUAUGUCGGAAUGUUCAGUCGCUGAAAAAGCUCAUUAUUUUGAAGAACAAAUUCAAAAAGAAAUAAUUGCCACCACAACUGGUUCACGUCCAGUAUCAAAGUUGAUAUCCCAAGAUUCAUUGCCACGUGACAAACGAUUGAGUUCUGGUGAUAGUUUUAUUUACGAUCAAUCUUUAUCUUUAACUUCAGACAAAGAUUCAGCUUUCGAGGUUCAAAAAGUUGAGAAGAAAGAUGAACACGAUAUUGAUAGGCAAGAUAAAAAUUUGAGUGUUGAAAUAAAGGAGAGUAAACGAGAUGAAGAAAAAAUACCCAAAGAAGAAAUAGUGAAAAAUGAAAGUUUAAGUCUGCAAACAAAAGAUGAUGAAAAUUUAACAAAAGAAGGAGAAAUUAAAAAAGAUGAAAAAAUUAUAGAAAAAGUUGAAAGUUUUAUUAUUGAAACAAAGGAGAGCAAACAAGAUGAAGAAAAAAUACAAAGAGAUGAGAUUUUGAACCUGGAAACACCGCAAAUUACCCAAAAUAAAGAGAAACCAUCCGAAGAUAAAAGCUUUUGUCAAAAAGCAAAAGAAAGUAAAUAUGAUGAAGAAAAAAUGAAAGAAACGAUAAUCCACAAAGAUGAAGGCUUAAGUCUAGACAGACAGGAAAUUAAGGAAAGUAAAGAAAAAUUAAUUAAAGAAGAAAUAAUAAAAGAUGAUACGGUUAUGGAAAGUUCAAAUUUUGAAACAACGAAAAUAAAAGAAAGUGAAGAAAAAUUAUUUAAAGAAGAAGAAACAAAGACUUUGACUGCAAAAGAAUUAAGAAAAGAUGAAAGUUUGAGUUUAGAAAGUAAAGAAGGUGAUCAAAUGAAAGACAUAAAAGAAAUAUGUCAAGAAACCAAGGUGACUAUAGACAAUGUAGUUGAACAAAAUGUAAAACCUGAAUUCGUAGAAAUGUUUGACACUAAACCGUCUUUAAUUCCAAGAAAAAUAAAAUCCGAGGUAACUACGACAACAUCGAUUGAACCUGGGGACAAGGUCAAGACCGUGGAUAAAAAAGUGACUGUAAUUGAAGAAACUAAAAUUUUUGGUGAUGAUUCAAUUAUUACUAAACAGAUUUGUAGAGAAUUUAUUGAUUCAGAAAGUAAAUUGAGUCAUCAAGAUUUAGUCAAGACGUAUAAAACACCAGAAGAUGCGCACAAACUAUCUGACAUAUCGAAACUAAGUCCUGAAGAUAAGGUUUCAAAAAUCCCUACUAAGAUAAAAGUUGAAACUAAAAUAGAAAGUUCAACUCUCGUUGAAACGGACAAAGAUAAAGACAAAGAAAAUGGUAAAAAAGAAUCUAAAAUACCAAUAUUUUCUGUUAAAGAUAAAGGAUUAAAAGCAAAAGAUGAAGAUCUACUUAAGGAUGCUGAUGAUAAGAAGAAAAAGUCGGGAAUACCAAAACGUAUAGUUGAGACGACUAAAGUUUUUGAAAAGAUACCCAGCGCUAAGGAAGAUGUGAUCACGGUCACGGAGACAAAAGUUACGGAAAAAGUAUCACAGCAUAUUGAAACUCAUACGUCUGAGAGAAAAAUUCAUUCUCAGACAAUUACAAAAACAUUUACUGAUCCUGAAGAAGCUUUGAGGGCUUUCGAAGCUACGGAAAUGAUGUACGAACCAGAGACACUCAUUACAACAUCGAAAAUAGAUCAUGAAGAAAUGGUAACCGUGGGAAAGAAAGAGAUUAAAUCAUCAGAAGUUACUCGUGGUGAUGAGAAGACAUUGAAACAUGAGGAAAAAGAACGAGAAGUGAGAGAAAAAUCAUCCGAGUCAACAGUUACGACAGAAAGUCAAGAAGAAACUAUUGAAGAUAAGACUCUUAAACACGAGACUGUAGAUAAGAGUACAGUACAAAAUAUCGAAGUUAAUCUUGUGAGUGGUAAACAAAUGAUUGAUGCACGUGCUUCACAAGAAUUGAAAUCACUCAAAGAUGAGAUACAGAUUCACAAAGUUGAAGAUGAUGAUGGUGUCGUGAUACAAGAAGCAGGAACGACAACUUUAAAAGAGCAUGAAAUUGAUACUGCAGUUAAAAUAGUUAAAGAUCAGUUGCAAGAGAUGCAGGACAAGGAAUUUGAUAUGUCGAAUUUGGGAACAAGUUUGGAGGAUGAAUUGAAAACUGCUGUUAUUCGGGAGCAGACUCAUGAAGAAUCUUCACGUCAUUCAGAUACUAAAGUAUUUCCAUCAAGAGAAACAACGGAAGAUAUUUCACGUGAUGAAGCUUUUGGUGAAGAAUCCACUGAACAUUCUGAAGAAGAUAAUUCAGAACGAUAUGCUUCUGGAGAUACUCAUGAUAAAACUGAGGCGAGAGAUAUUGCUGAAACAUUAGUCCAGUCGAUAGAAGAUGAAUUAGAAAAACGAUCUGAAAGUUCAGGUGCUUUAAAUUUGGGUUUUGAAUAUGACGAGGACAAUGGUAAUGAUGUUGAUGAUGGACCUGAAUCGGAAGAUUUUGAUGAACAAUUGGCUGAUGAUUUGACGAAAAAGUUUGAAAAUAUUAUGGGCAAGCGUAAAGAAAGCCAAGUUCAGGUUAUUGAAAGUAUUGAACAGAUCAGAGCAACUGUUUUUGGACAAGAUGAAAGACUAGAUAAAGAUUCAACACGUGGUAGUUUGAGUAUUAGUGAAGACUUAACUAAAGAUGAAGAUUCAACUCCUCAUGAUCGUGAAGAAAGCCUUUUAUCAUCGUCAUCACACGCUAAAGUUAUGGAACGUGAUGUUACAAUGAGUCCUAGCAGUAUUUCUGAUCAAAUAGAUUUGGAAUCGUUUGGUUCAGAACAACAGCAAGCUGAACAAUUGAGCCCAAUGCCAGUGGUAGAAUAUCCAGAAGAACUUAAAGUAGGUGAAGAAUAUUUUGAACAACCUGAUGAGUAUGUGUCUCCAAUGAAUUUUACAAAUUAUGAAAGUACUGGUGCACGAGUUUUGGAAAUAAUUGAACCCAGCAGUGUCGGUCUUCGUCGUGGAUCAAGACAAGAUUCUGUAGAUGUAUCUUCUUUGGAGAUUGAUGAGUUACGUUAUGAACCUGAUGGUGAUGAUGAUGAAGAGCAUUCAUUAGAUGAAAAAUAUAUGAAGAAUUUAGAAUUUGGAAAAUUGCACGAAAGUCCAGCUCUUGAGGCAUUGGACAAAAUUGGUCUAGAUCGUGAUUUAACUUUCAGUCCCAGUUCAAUGUCUGAUUCAUCAAUGAUUCCUGAACGUAGUCUAAGUCCAGGAAAAGUUAAAAGUGGAGGUGAAAGUGAAGACGGUGGAUUUUCAUCUAUGGAGCCUGAAAAAACAGACGUUGUAGAAAAAGUUUCACAACUUGACACUAAAAGUAUUGAUCGGGAAAUAACUCCGACAGUUAUUUCACCAAGAACUAAACUCAAAGAGUUGAAUAUUAAACCGGUAGAUUGGUCAAUUGGCGAUGAGAAAAUUGAAAUCCAAGAAACAUUGGAACCUUCUCAAGCAUUUGACAAAGAACUUGAAGAGUAUCAGUCGAGUAUGGUGAAACAGCAGAGUUUGACAUCACUGAAUGAUGUUUCUGGUGAACAAGAAUCUACAACAAGAUCUUCAGAAGAUGUCAGUACCAUAGAGUCUGUAAAAGAAGCUUCAAUGGAAUUAACAUCUAAAGCUCCAACUAAAUUUAUCGUUGAACCGGUCAGUGAAAGUGAAGUUGAACAAGAGUUAGUUGAAGAUAAGUUAGAUGUAAGUUGCCAAGAAUUAGUGGCAACUCUUCAACGUGAGUAUGAAGCAAAAACACCGACUGAUGAAAAAAUUCCCGUAACACCAAGAAGAGUUUCUGAAAGUGAAGAAGAUUCUGAAAUAGUUGAAGGUAAACAUGCUGCUGAUAAUGCUGAAAAAGUAGAAAUUAAAUUGAAAGAAGAAGAAAAAAUAGAAGAAUAUGUUAAACAAGUAGAAGAACCUGUUAAAAAAGUUGAAAAAAGUGAACCGGAAGAAAAAGAUAUUGAUACUCUUGAAGAAUCGGAGAAGAAAGAAAAAGAAAAUGCAAAUGUUGAAACUCUUAAAAAUAUAAAAGAAUCAUUUGCAAGUAAAACAAAAUCUCUUGACGAGCCACAAAAACAUUUAGAAAAAACUUUUGACAAAGAAAAAUUUGGCGCCAUGUCAAUAGAUUCUAGUCCGUUUAGAUUAAAAAAAGAAGCAAACGUAGACUUAAGUGCCAGAUACGCAAUAACAGUUCUUGAUCAAGUGGUAAAACGAGAAAUAGAAGAAGUUAAAGAAUCUCUAGAAGCCGCUAAACAAGAUCUUAUUGAAGAGUUGAGUGAAAAUAGUGAAACAAUUGUACAAAUAAAAGAAUCACCUUCGGAAUUCCAAUUUAAACUUGAACCUGAAUCCAUACCCAAUGAUCUUCCAUUUUUAUACAAAGCACCCUCAUUUGAACAAGCAGCUGAUCAAGAUCUCACGUCUUCGGGAUCACCUGUUGCCAAACCACGAAAGCAUGAGACCCAAGAGGAUGAAAGUUUAUCAGAAAAACGUAUUUUAAGUGACAAAGAUGAUACACUGAGCGAAUUACCGAGUGAUAGACCAACAGAAAUAAAAGUUGCACUACACGAUGACGAAACAGAAAAAUCAGGACCGAUUCCAGCAAGUAGAUCUAGUUCAGAUGUAGAAAAUCGAGAUGAUGGUUCCAGUUCAUUGUCAGUUCCACCCCAACCGAUCCCACGAAAACGUCAAAAGCCAGCACGUAUUUCGAAAAAAAUUCAAUCUGAAAGUGAAGGAGGAUCUAGUUCAGGAGAAAGCAGUAAUUAUCAAUCUUGUGAUUAUGAAACUAGUAGCAGACCAAGUUCAUCCGAUAUUGAAGUACUUCAAACGGCGUCAGGUUUUCUUUCAGCCACCGCGUCUGAAUACGAAACUGCAAUGAUGUCUCUUGAAUCAUCUAAACAGACUUCCCAAGAUUAUCAGAGUGCUGUUUCAACUUUAAGUUCACGAGAAUCUAUGAAAUCCUUAAACUCACUGAGUUCUGGUCAUUUGGGCAGUAUUGACAGUACAAGUGAAUUGACAGAAACUCUUGUUGCUUCCGAGCCUGAAAUGGAUAAAGAUCAAAUUGAUGAAAAUCUUGAACUUGCAUUAGAUAAUGAUGAUGAAAAAUCUUCUGUUUCAUCGGAUAGUGAUAUUCCACUUGAUGAUACUUUGGAUAAUCUUACGGGUGACAUUCCCAGCAAAAUGAAACGAUCAUCAGAAAUGAUAUUCCAGCAGAUUUCAGAAGACGCUGAUACAUCAUUGCCUGAAGCCUUGGAAGGAUCUACUACCGAAGAGGGCCAAUCUACAAAAGUAACUUCUUCGAUAAUUAUCAGUGAAGAUGAUGAUCUAAAGACUAGCACAAUUGAUGCUAUUUCUGAUCAGAUUAGUUUGAAAGCUGAAGAAAGUUCAUCACCGGAAUUUAAAUUCAAGUCAAUUGAAGCUCAAUCAACGGGGGAUGAUAUUGAUUCGUCGGAAUUGAAAAUGAGUUCAUUAACUACCAUUGAUGAAGUUGAAAAUUUAUUACUUACUAAGAGAUCAGUUUUGCAGCAAGCCAGCAUGUCAACAUCAUCAACUUCAGGUGUCUCUAUUGAAACAGUAGUUGAGCGUGACUUAGAUCGUCAUUCACCUGACAGCGAUUCAUUUGAGUUAGUUGACAAACCCGAUAUAAUUGAUGACUUUGUUGUUGUCGAGGAGGUUGGACGUGAAGCCGAAGAAUUUGAUUCUGAAGGUAAAAGUAUAUCAAUAAAAGCUAUUCCAGCAAGUAAUAUUAAAAAAUUUGAUCGGGAUCUUGAAAAUUUGAUCACUGAUACUAACAAAGAUGUCCCAGCAUCAAGUCAGGCAUUACCAAAAAACAAUGAAUUGUUUGAUUUUGAAUCUGAAGAAAGUCCACCGCAAGCGUCCAAUGAAGAUCAAUCAUCCCAACAAUCUUUUUCGGAUGACGAACAAGAGGCUAAGAAGUGGAUGGAGAUGCAAUUUACUGCUGAUCCAAGAGCUUAUGAGGUGGAAUACGAUCGUGGACCACUUGAAGAUAUUAAAGAAGAAGAAAUAACUGAUUUUGAAGCUGGUAGCAGUAGAUUUGGUAGUCUUGGUAGUCAUAAAGGUUCCAUUGGUAGCAGUGGUAGUAUGAAAGGUAGUCUUGGUACUGAAUAUGAUAUUCUAGCAGGUAAAAGAAUUUUUUCAAAAUCAGUCGAGCAUGACAAUAUUUCAAUGAAUUCACUUCAAGAAUUUGAGUCUCUUGAAAGUACGGUUAUUGAUAGUGCAAAAAGAUUUCAAUGUGGAUCACAGGAUUCGGUAAAUAAUGGUGGUAGUCUUCCACGAAGAUACAUUGCAAGUCGUUCUGGUCACGGUGAUGAUAUUUCUGUAUCAUCACUUACAGAUUUUGAAGGCUUAGAAAAAGCCUGUCGCGAGGCUCACAUGAUUGAAUUGCGUGCCAAAGAAGAAGAAGAUCUUCUAGAUCACGAGAGCCCAGAAAAUCGAUAUCGGCUUGAAAACUUGCCAAAACCUAAACCAGCUACCGACAUAAGUGCUGCCGGUUCUUUUAAUCCCAGUACUUCAGGUUCAGACGAUUAUGAAAAACGAAUAAUGGAGAUUGACGAAAUAAUAAGAAUUGCUCAAGCAAAUGUUGAAAAAUUUGAUCGUCAAGAUGACACGACUGAAGAUAUUUCGCAAAUAGAUAUUACUGACGCGGAAAAAGUUGAAACUAUCAUUCCUUCUGGACCUCAGGCUGAAAUUGACCUGCCAGAUGUCAGAGAUAUAAAUAUUAUGGAAACUAGUACAGAUUCAUUGGAGCUUGAGGAUCCUGAUAAACAUAAUAAUUUAAUGUGCAGAAGUUCAGAUUCAUUGGAAAUGAAAACUACCGUUGAUUUUCCAUCACUCAGUUAUUCUGAUUCGUUGAAUAAUGUUCGUGAUUCACAGGAUCAAUACAUGCCCGAUCAAUUCAAUAGCUCACGUCGUAUUUCAUCAGAUUCAUUGGAAGUUCAAGUUAUUGAACAACCUGAUAAUGACGACAGACAUAUUCCUGAGGGUAGUAAUUAUCAGUUAGAGUCUAAGAUUACGAAUAAUGGAAAAACAACAAUUACUCCAGCUACUACUCAUGCGUAAAAUUAAUAUUAUGGGUAAAGAAAAAAAAAGAAAGAAAAGUAUAUGCAAUAAGUAAUCGAAAAUAAUGUGCGAUGAACUUGAGAAGCUUUACAUGUGUGGUACUGAG